UUCCAUUUCACCUUUCUCCUGCACGCUCUCCCAACCCCGCGCGCUCUCCCUCUCGCGCAGCUGCAAUGGCAGAUACGUUGACUGAGAUGACCGUUGAUCUCAACCCUGUCCAUGGAAAGAAAGUAAGGAGCAAAAGGGCUUUGAAGCCCAAAAACCAAACGGCUAAUGAGACAAACAUCUUGGCCGGAAAGAUUUCUCAACCCUCUGCUUCUCCUUUGCCAUCAGUCGUAGAUGAUGACGGUAAAGAGAACAGUGCACACUUGUCUCAGCCUCGAUCGCGCAAGCAAACCAAGAAGGCGAAGGAAUCCAAGCAAUCAUUUGAGAAGGAGUUGCAAGAAAUUCAAGGAAAGCUUGAGCAGAUGCGCCUUGAGAAGGAAAAGACUGAAGAGCUCUUGAAGGUCAGAGACGAGAUGUUGAAGCAGAAAGAGGAAGAACUUGAAAACCGUGGAAGAGAGCAGGAGAAGCUGCAGUUGGAGUUGAAGAAGAUGCAGAAAUUGAAGGAGUUCAAACCCACCGUGAGCUUUCCCCUGGUUCAAUCUCUGAGAGAAAAGGAGCAAGAAAAGAACGUUAAGAGAAAGAAGAAGGCGGGCCCAGCCAUCAAAAAGCCAUCUCCAGCUUAUGUCCUCUGGUGCAGAGACCAAUGGAACGAGGUAAAGAAAGAGAACCCACAGUCAGAGUUCAAAGAAAUCUCAAACAUAUUGGGAUCGAAAUGGAAGAACCUCAGCCCAGAAGAGAAGAAGCCCUACGAGGAAAAAUACCAGGCUGACAAAGAAGCAUACCUACAGAUCAUUGGAAAAGAGAAGCGUGAAAAUGAAGCAAUGAAGCUUUUUGAGGAGGAACAGAAGCAGAAGACAGCAAUGGAGUUACUUGAACAGUAUCUCCAGUUCAAACAGGAAGUAGAAAAAGAGACCAAGAAGACAAGCAGGAAAGAAAAGGACCCUCUUAAGCCAAAGCAGCCUCUAUCAGCUUUCUUCCUAUUCUCAAAGGAGCGACGUGCUGCCCUGCUUCAAGAUAACAUUAAUAUUUUGGAGAUUGCCAAGCUUGCAGGAGAGGAAUGGAAGAACAUGGCAGAAGAACAGCGUGGACCAUAUGAAGAGAUGGCAAAAAAGCAGAAGGAAGAGUAUCUGAGGGAAAUGGAGAUAUACAAACAGACAAAGGAUGAGGAAGCUGCAAGCCUUCACAAGGAAGAGGAGGAGCAGAUGAAAAUUCAGAAACAGGAGGCAUUACAAUUGCUCAAAAAGAAAGAGAAGGCAGAAAAUAUAAUCAAGAAAACAAAAGAGAACCGCCUGAAGAAGAAGAAGCAGAAGGAAGAACAGAAUUCAGACCCCAAAAGGCCAAAGAAGCCAGCUUCUUCAUUCUUUCUUUUCAGCAAAGAAAUGAGGAAGGAACUUCUGCUGGAAAGACCAGGCAUCAGCUACUCCACUCUUAAUACUCUGAUUUCAGUAAAAUGGAAGGAGCUGAAUGAAGCGGAUAAACAGCUUUGGAAUGUUAAAGCAGCAGAAGCAAUGGAGGCUUACAAAAAGGAGAUGGAAGAAUACAAUCAAUCUACUGUGAUAAUAGCUAACAACAACCCUAAGCCCUGAACACCCCAAGAUUUCUGUUCAUGUUCAAGUAGUUCUGUUGAACAGCUG